UGUUGCCGCGUUUCACUCACUGUGAUGGCCACAUAACCGGAAUAGUGGGAUUAUGAAGCAGUGUUGUAUUGACUGGUGAAUCAUCGAACACAUCCACAGGAAACAUGUUUCGUCUUCAUCACAUAGUCCAUCGCUCUUCUCCUGUUCUCCACCAGACAAAGACGCUCUCUUCAUGUCUGCGGCAACAUACGCGACUCAAAACGCAGGGGCCUCCGCUGCAGUGUGGACUGAAACGGUUCAGCACAGCAGAGGUCCCUGUGGAGGCAGGGGACCCCUCCAGGAUGAGAGAGCGGACCCUGACCAUGGAAACCUUAAACCCGCAGGUGAAAGCGGUGGAGUAUGCAGUGAGGGGUCCCAUCGUUAUCAAGGCGGGGGACCUGGAGAGAGGUCUGCAGCAGGGAGUCAAACAGCCUUUCACUGAAGUCAUCAAAGCCAACAUUGGGGAUGCCCAUGCCAUGGGCCAGCAGCCAAUCACUUUCCUCCGUCAGGUGGUGGCUCUGUGUUGUUUCCCAGAGCUGAUGGAUAGUCCUUCUUUCCCUGAUGAUGCCAAACAGCGAGCCAGGCGCAUCCUUAAGGACUGUGGUGGACAGAGCCUGGGCUCAUACAGUGCCAGUCAGGGGGUGGAGUGUAUCCGUCGGGACAUCGCUGAACACAUCACACACAGAGACCAGGGUGUCCCUGCUGAGUGGAACAACAUCUACCUCACCACAGGAGCCAGUGAUGGCAUCAUGAGCAUCCUGAAGCUGCUGGUGUCGGGUCAGGACCGCUCCAGGACGGGCGUGAUGAUUCCCAUCCCUCAGUACCCGCUGUACUCUGCAGCCAUCUCAGAGCUGGGAGCAGUGCAGAUCAACUACUACCUGGAUGAGGCCAACUGUUGGGCGCUAGACAUUGAAGAACUGCAGCGAGCUUACCUGACAGCCAAGAAGCACUGCCAGCCCAGAGUCCUCUGCAUCAUCAACCCUGGAAACCCCACUGGUCAGGUGCAGAGUAAGAAGUGUAUUGAGGAGGUGCUGCACUUCGCCUAUGAAGAGAAUCUGUUCGUCAUGGCUGAUGAGGUUUACCAGGACAACGUGUACUCCUCAGACUGUCAGUUCCACUCCUUUAAGAAGGUCCUGUUUGACAUGGGCACGGAGUACUUCAACAAUGUGGAGCUGGUCUCCUUCCACUCCACCUCCAAGGGUUACACUGGAGAGUGUGGUUUCCGUGGAGGUUACAUGGAAGUGUUGAACAUGGAUCCACAGGUGCAGACUCAGCUGAUCAAACUGCUGUCAGUUCGCCUCUGCCCUCCUGUCUCUGGACAGGCAGCCAUGAACGUCAUUGUAAAUCCCCCCCAAGUGCACGAGCCCUCGUAUGCUCAGUUUACCAAGGAGAAGAGCUCAGUCCUGGAUGCCCUGGCUCACAAGGCCAGGCUUACAGAGCAAAUCCUCAACUCAGUGCCUGGGAUUAAGUGCAAUCCAGUCCAAGGAGCCAUGUACGCCUUCCCUCAGAUCUUCAUCCCACCACGAGCUAUUAAGGAAGCCCAGUCUCUGUCCAUGGCUCCUGAUAUGCUGUACUGUCUCAAACUGCUGGAGGAAACGGGGAUCUGUGUGGUUCCAGGAAGUGGAUUUGGCCAGAGGGAGGGAACCUAUCACUUCAGAAUGACCAUCCUACCGAGUCCAGAGAAGCUGGAAGUCCUCCUUGAGAAGCUGAAGAAAUUCCACCUCAGAUUUCUUGAGGAGUAUUCACAACAGGAGCCUCAGAUCAGCAGCAGCAGCAGCAGCAGCAGCAGCCAGGACCAUCACAGACAGAUUUCAACACAACCAGACUAAUGACUCCAGCACUUCUCUACAGAGCUUCUGGGAUUUUAAUAUCGCUUUGAGUUUUGUGUUACAGAAAUAUUGUGCCUUCUUAGAUGACAUUUGAAGAGGCGCAGGGUUUUCUACCUGUCUAGACAUGUGUUCCUCCCCCCCCCCCCCCCCCCCCCCAAAGCCCUGAAUAUGAGAACACACAGAAUAGCCAAAUAGGAGGCAGACUGGUCCUGUUUUCAUCUAAGUAGUUCCUUCAUAUACGUUCAUUGAUCUGCGCUCGGUGCUUCAGAGCUGAACCACUGACAAUCUUGCAUUCAACCAUCUGUUUUUUUCCGCUAACAUCUCUCUCGUGCUUGGCCAAGGACUUCACACAUCAGCUUGUUACACUAAUGCCUAAAGAUGUCUUUAUGAACGCCUCUGUGUAAAACUGCA